AUGGAGCCGCGUCGCUCUUCGACUCGAAGAAUCAAGGUCUUCAACCCACUGGAAUCGCCGCCGCAUAACUCAGAUCACAAGCUCACCACCACCAGCUGCGCCGUUUCCUCUUCUUCAUCAUAUCUUCUGCAUUUUCGUAAUCUUAUACCCAAAGUCUCUUUGAGACUGAUUUACAUUAUCAUCAAGUUCUCAGUGAAUUCUAAGGGAUAUGACAUGGCCAAGAAGUUCAAUAAUAAAUUUUCGUAUUUAUUGCCCAUGGGGUACGGAAUUAAGAGCCAAUGCACCAAAUUGGUUAUGGAGGGAGGCAUAAUGCUGAUAAAGAAUGGAUUGCAGACCUUAGAAUGA